CUCAUCUCGACCAUAAAAGUUUGUUGAUAUUUUUCUUGUGAACAUCAGAGAUCAAACAUCAAGCAUCAAAGAUUGCUGUGACUUGAACUAUAUUUAUUAAUACAGUUGAUACCUUUUUUUCGAUUAUUGGUCUAAUCCGAAGACCAUCAAAAUGCUGAAGCUUGCAAUUAUUGUUUGCAUAAUUGCACAAGCUUUAUCAGCUCCAAGUGGAUGCCUAGAUUUAUGUGGUCCACCGAGUACCAUUCAUUUACCGAAUGAAGCUUUACGAGAUUUACAUAAUUUAACUGAUGAACUUAAACGAGAUUACAACCGUCCAGGUAACUGGACGGAGCAUAAUGACUACAAGACUCAUGAUGGUGCUGGAGAAGUCCACGAAGAACGAGGUCAAGUAGUCAAAGGAAAUUCAAAAAUGCGAUAUUAUAAAAAGAACUAUACUGCUUCAUACGGUAGACAAAAUUCAUAUAAUGACCACUACCAUCAAUCUGGACGUUCGUCAAAGAUUGAAGACUAUAAUGGACGAACAGAUACUAGUUCAGUUCAUGAAAGUGCUGGAGUAAAAGGACAUGUUGGAUCGGAUAAUUGGAGUAGACAUAAUAGUUAUGUUACUGAUGGAGGACAUGGUAGAGUGUAUGAAGAAGAGGGUCAAUAUACUCAUGGACCAGCAAAAGUUAAUUAUUACAAGAAAAAUUAUACUUCAAGUUAUAGUUCCAGUGAUGCAAGUCCAAUUAUUCCUCUUCCAGACAUGUCAACUGAUCUUCAUACUCAAGCUUAUAAUCUUCACAAGCAAUUAGAAGAAUUGAGCAGAGAAGUUCAUCGGGGGCAUCACAGUCAAAUGUCUCAAAAUACAAAUAAUUAUGAAACUCAAUAUCAAAAUACGCGUGAUAAUGAAUCAAGACAUAACUCACGUAUUGAAAGUGACAUUCAUCAAAGAUAUCCAAGUCCAACAACUGGAGCAAGAGAAGAACAUUAUGAGCAACAUUCAUCAAGAAGAGAACAUCGUGUGCAAUCACAUGGCAGCUAUGUACCAAGUCAAACAAAUUACGUAAUUCCUGAUCAAAUGCAAACCUCGGAAUCUCAACAACAUUAUCAGCAAGAAAUUUAUAGGCCUACCAGUCAAGUUAUCCCACAAACAAGUCAAACUUAUCAAACUCAAGGUCAUCAAUAUCAAGCUCAUGGUCAAGAAUAUCAGUCCCAAGCACAAUAUCAAAAUCAAUACCGAUCUCAAGAUCAUCGAAGCAGUGAUGGUCUUAUUCACGUUCCUUUAAGUUCAGGAAAUGAUUACAAUAGUGAUAGAGACGAUUCAAGAAUUUAUACACAGCAUCAGCAGGUCAGAGAUCAUUCAGGACUUAGCCAAAGUUAUUUAGAUAAUGAUAGAAGUCAUCAGAAUAGCUAUGGACAUCAUGGCAGACAACAACAAAUUUCUUCUCAGUCUGGAAAACGUUUAGAAGAGAACUGGAGCUCUUCAGGGCAUCGAGUAGAAGAAUCUUACCCUCAGCACAUUAGUAGUAGCAGUCAAAAAUUGGAAGAUCUAGAAACUCAACAUGCAACUAGAGGAAAUGAAGAUAGUUAUGGCAGUUCAAGUCAUUACGGUGGUAAUAGAUACUUAUCGGGAAGUUCUUCUUCGUACCAUCAACGUUAUGAAAGUCAUAGUGGAGGCCACAGCGGUCACAAUGGACAUUUCCAUACAGGAGUUCUUGAUUUGGGUCAUGAUACUCCUGAUUGUGAUACUGAACAAGUUGGAUCUAAUUACCAAAGAAGAUAUAAAAGAAAUUCUGAAUCAUUUAAUAAACAAUUACCACAGAAAUCGAUAGAACAAUCUGAAAGGAAGACUAGAAGUACUGAUUUUGGUCAAGAAACUCAACAAUUCGAAGAUUUAACACAACUGACACAAGGAUUUGCAGAUUACACACAACAACAACCAACAGGAUAUCUAAAUCCAGAUGAUCAACAGCAAACUGAAGAUUUAGAAUUGAGUCAACAGACUCAACAAGUUGAAGAUCUUACGCAAAAAUAUGGUAACUACGACCAACAACAACCAAAUCAAGGAUACGGAAGCUACAGACAACAACAGCAAACUUCCGGUCAUUUGGGACAUGAUCAACACCAAUCUGGAAAUUUGGCUUCGAAUCCACAAACUCAACAAAAUAGAGAAUCUAUACAUCAAACACAAAGACAUGGAAAUCAUGGACAACACUCUGGACAACUCGAGGUUGGUAAUCAACAUCAACGGCAUCAUAUCGAAGAUUCACAACUUAGUCAACAAACACAACAGGUAGAAGAUUUAACGCAACAAACCCAAAGACAUGGAGGUUAUCGGCAACAUGAUUAUUCAGGACGGUCCAAUCAACAGCAAGUUGGAAAUUUAGAGUUAAAUCAACAAAAUCGACAAGUUAAAGAUUUAACACAGCAAACACAGAGGCAUGGUGGUUACCGACAACAAGAAUAUGGAGGACGGUCAAGUCAACAGCAAGUUGGAAAUUUGGAGCUAAGUCAAGAGACUCAACAAGUUGAAGAUUUAACACAGCAAACAUACGAUGAUUAUUAUCAACGACACUCAGGAAAACUUGAAUUAGAUGAACAUCAGCAACAUCAACAGACUGAAAAUUUAAGCCAACAAACCCAGAAGUUUGAUGAUUACUAUCAGCAGCAAUCAGGAAGCCAUAGACUUGACCAAAAUCAAUACGGUCAAUCUACAGGCAUUGGAUUAAAUCAACAAACUGAAGAUUUUAAUCAACAUGAUGACCAUUACUAUCCAUCCCAACAAACAGCUGGAAAUACAGAAUAUGGACAGCAAAACAUUCAUUCUCAAGUAAGUCAACCUGCCCCCAAACCUAUAUCAAGGCAUCAUUUACUUGGAAGUACUCAAAGAUCUGAUAUUGAGCUAGACAACUACCCAGGCUAUGGUUCAGGACAAGAAAUUAGACCAGCAAAUCGCCCCAUGGGUGUUAAAGGAGGUAGAGGAGGAUUUAAUCCACAACCUUCAUAUCCUAAUCAAUAUGACUCUUCAUCAUCAAGUGUUUUAAGUUUAGAAGAUCAGCAGUAUCAAACUCGGUCAGGAGAAUUAAAUGCACAUGUUGAAUCAUUAGAACCUCAAACUCAAUAUCCUGAAUUUAUGUCUACAACUCCUGCUCCAGGAUUUUGGAAGAAAGUUGGACAAAAAAUAACAACAGGAUUUGAAAAAGUUAAGGCAAAAGUUAAUGAUGCCUUUGGAUAAUUUUUAAGUGUCAUUUUUGUAUCAUUAAUGAACUAUAUAGUAUAUGUUUAUUUUGAUAGCUUUGAAGAUUUUUUUUGUUUGCUAUAAGAUAAUAAUAAGUUAAUAAUAAAUUAGUUUAUAAGAUUUUUUUUAACAUGCAAUAUGUUGUUUCGGUAAUUAUAUGUAUUAAGAUAAAAAUAAUGUUGUGAAGAAAGUAAUGCAUAAUUGUGCUCAACCAUUAGUAUUAUAAAAAUAAUAAACAAUAACUAAUAGAAAACAUUUUUCUAAUAUCCUACCUCAGGUAGAUUCCUGAAAAACCUAACGAAUGUUUGCUGUGCACCAGCAUCUGUAAUAACCAAAUUUUCAGUUAAAUAAAUAUAUUGAUAAAAAUA